GGCAGCGGCGGCGCGGGCAGGCGGCCGGACAUGAUCGCGUCGUGCCUGUGUUACCUGCUGCUGCCGGUCGCGCGCCUCUUCCGCUCCCUCUCAGAUGCUUUCUUUACAUGCCGAAAAAAUGCCCUUCUGGCGAAGAGCUCGUCCCCCCAGGUAGAGGGUAACUUUGCCAUGGCCCCUCGGGGGCCUGAUCAAGAGGAGUGUGAGGGCCUGCUGCAGCAGUGGCAAGAAGAAGGGUGGAACCAGACACUGUCAACUGCGAGUGAGGGUCCUCUUGCAGAUAAGGGACUAGCUGAGAGCAGCCUGGCACUCCUGAUGGAUAAUUCCGGAGAACAGGAUGCUGCCGCGGAGGACAAGUGGUCCAGCAGGCAGCUGAGUGACCUUCGGGCAGCAGAGAACCUGGACCUGCCUUUCCCUGAGGUGCUAGGGGAGGAGCCACUGGCUGAGGUUGAGGGCCCUUUGUGGGCAGCUGUUCCAGUGCAGACAGGGCCCCAGUAUGCAGACUGUGCUGUUCUUCCCAUGGGCGCAAUGGCUGCAGAGCAAUGGGAAGAGGACCCUGCAAUGGUGGCCUGGAGCAUAGCACCGGAGCCAAUGCCCCAGGAAGAGACUUCCAUGUGGCCCUUUGAAGGCCUGGAGCAGCUGCAGCCUCCCCCAAUGGAAAUACCUUAUCAUGAAAUCCUGUGGCGAGAAUGGGAGGACUUCUCCACGCAGCCAGAUGCUCAGGGUCUGGAGGCAGGGGAUGGCCCUCAGUUCCAGUUCACUCUGAUGUCGUAUAAUAUCCUGGCCCAGGACCUGAUGCAGCAGAGCUCAGAGCUCUAUCUGCAUUGCCACCCGGACAUCCUCAACUGGAAUUACCGCUUUGCCAAUCUCAUGCAGGAGUUCCAGCAUUGGGACCCCGACAUCCUGUGUCUUCAGGAAGUCCAGGAAGACCAUUACUGGGAGCAGCUGGAGCCCUCACUGCGCAUGAUGGGCUUCACCUGUUUUUACAAGAGGAGGACUGGGUGUAAAACGGAUGGCUGUGCUGUGUGCUACAAGCCCACCAGGUUCCGUCUGCUCUGUGCCAGCCCUGUGGAGUACUUCCGGCCUGGAUUGGAGCUCCUCAAUCGGGACAAUGUGGGCUUAGUGUUGCUGCUGCAGCCGCUAGUGCCAGAAAGUCUGGGGCAAGUCUCAGUGGCUCCCCUGUGUGUGGCAAAUACCCAUGUCCUGUACAACCCACGUCGGGGUGAUGUCAAGCUGGCCCAGAUGGCCAUUCUUCUGGCCGAGGUGGACAAGGUGGCCAGGUUGUCAGAUGGCAGCCACUGCCCUAUCAUCUUGUGUGGGGACCUGAAUUCUGUCCCUGAUUCACCUCUCUACAACUUCAUCAGGGAUGGAGAGCUCCAGUACGAUGGGAUGCCAGCCUGGAAGGUUUCUGGACAGGAAGACUUCUCUCAUCAGCUUUACCAGAGGAAGCUGCAGGCCCCACUGUGGCCCAGCUCCCUGGGCAUCACUGAUUGCUGUCAGUAUGUCACCUCCUGUCAUCCCAAGAGAUCAGAGAGACGUAAGUAUGGCCGAGACUUCCUGCUACGAUUCCGCUUCUGCAACAUUGCUUGUCAGCGACCAGUAGGACUGGUUCUCAUGGAAGGAGUGACAGACACCAAGCCAGAUCGACCUGCUGGUUGGGCCGAGUGUAUCUUUGAGGAAGAGAUAUCUGAACUUCAGCCUGUCUUCCCCAGGACAAUAGGCACCGUCCAGCACUGCCUCCACCUGACCUCAGUAUAUACCCAUUUCCUGCCCCAGCACGGCCGCCCAGAGGUCACGACGAUGCCCUUAGGUCUUGGGAUGACAGUGGAUUACAUUUUUUUCUCAGCCGAAUCCUGUGAGAAUGAGAACAGAACUGAUCACAGGCUGGAUCGAGAUGGGACUCUGAAGCUCCUGGGCCGCCUCUCCCUCCUCUCUGAAGAGAUUCUCUGGGCUGCCAAUGGCUUACCCAACCCCUUCUACUCUUCAGACCAUCUCUGCCUGCUCGCCAGCUUCGGCAUGGAAGUGACUGCCCCAUGAGGGCCCCCAGGGAAAGAGCUCACUGGUUCGGACGACUGCAAAUGCCCCGUGCUGUGGAAACUUACGUCCCUUCCCUUGUUCCCUCCUGCCCGUGGUUAGACUUUAUCCAGGCCUGUCCACGUUCUCUGUGGUCCCUGCCCUGUCCCAGCCUCUCCUUAAUAUUGUGCCACAUGCUAGGUGGCCCUGGGAGAGGUGGAAAGCUUUUCCCCUUCCUUCCAUGUACCCAGCGCUCCCUCCCCCAUUGAUUUUUAAUGACCAGGGUUGCGGGAGUUAUUGAUCUCAUUGGUUAUUUGCUUUCAGGCCAUUUCUUGGUGGCACCCUCUGACCUAACCGUCCCCCUCCCUUCAUGACCUCUGGGCUCUGGCACGCACAUACAAGGUGUGUGUAAAGCAUGGGUUCUCUUGGGAUGGGACUGCCCAGCACAGCCAGCCCUGCCUCUGCCUAGUGCAUGUGCCACUGUGAGGUGAUGGGCUAUGGACAGGCUGAGAGCAUGACAUAGCUGUGUGCUGCCAGGAGGCCACAAGUGUGGGGCCCUAUUUUCCCUUUCAUUAGUCAGUCAUCUAGGCAUCCUGGGCACUUUUUAUUUCUGGAGACAAAUUGGCCCACAGCCUGGAGCAGCAGCUCAGGGACACACCAUACCCCAGAUCUCCUCAGACCUAGAUGAUUUUGGUAGGACUUCCCUGAGGAAGGCAGUUUG